AUGGCCGGGAAAUGCCUUCUUCUCACCGGCCCUCCGGGUGUCGGAAAAACCACACUCAUCAUGAGAGUGUUCGAUAUGUUGAGCCCUAGCUUAAAGAUCCAGGGUUUCUACACUCAAGAGAUUAGGGAACGAAACGAAAGGGUUGGUUUUGAAGUGGUGACCUUGGAUGGCCGCAAAAGUUUGCUCGCUUCUUCUACUGUCUCUAGUCCUGAAUCCAUGAGAUGGCCUAGUGUUGGCAAGUACAAAGUGGACAUUGCAUCCUUUGAGUCUAUAGCAUUGCCUGAGCUCCAGGUCAAAGACGACACCCAUCUUUUCAUCAUCGAUGAAGUUGGCAAGAUGGAAAUGUUUAGUCCAUCCUUCUUUCCGGCUGUCCUCAAGGUUUUGGAAUCCAACAUUCCUCUUCUUGCUUCCAUUCCUACUCCUAAAUUUGGUGGAGAUCUUCCUGCAGUUGCAAGGCUAAAGAACCAACCAGGAGUGACCGUAAUUACCCUGAAUGCGAGUAAUAGAGAUUCCAUGAAAGAGCACAUCUUUCAUGUAGUCUCUGGAUGGCUGCCCAAGCACUAG